UCCAAAGUCAGUCCGUUGCACCACGAAUCAUUAAAUUUUGUCUUGAACUUUUUUUUCCAAAACAUGAUAGCCAAAUUCGUGGACAGUUUCAUUCAGAAAAAUCUGAUCAGACCAAUCUCACAAUGUCUUUUGAACAAAACCAAACUGGAGUCCGAUAACUUUUUCCUACUCCGAAAAGUUUUGACAAACUAAAGAAGAGACCGAAAGAAGACAUGACGAUGAUGAUGAGAGUAGGAAUAAUUCUUACGCUUACGUUCAUGUCAGUAUAUGGAAAUGCGGAGGUCGAGAGGAAGUUGAUAAGAAUAACCGGUGACAUUAUUUUCGGGGGCAUAUUCCCGAUGCACGAACAGGUAUCUUGGCCUCCAGAUUACCCAUGCGGGGCUGUUAAAGAGGAAAAGGGAAUGCAAAGACUAGAAGCUAUGCUCUUUGCCCUCGAAGAAAUCAACAACAGCACCACUCUUUUGCCCAACGUUAGUCUUGGUGCACUAAUAAUUGACUCUUGCAGCAGUGACACUUACGCACUCGAGCAAUCCAUGGAAUUUGUUCGCUCUUAUAUGAACCAGGACAUGUCGGAAUACAAGUGUGAUUCAGGAAAACCGCCGGUUUAUGUACCCCAUAAACCAGUUACUGCGGUUAUUGGUGCUUCCUUCAGCGUCGUGUCCAUUAUGGUAGCUAACAUCCUUCGGCUCUUUAAGAUUCCCCAAAUAAGUUACGCUUCUACUAGCACGGAGCUGUCAGAUAAAUCUCGUUUCGAAUAUUUUAGUCGGGUUGUACCACCUGAUAACUUUCAAGCUCAAACUAUGGUGGAAAUAAUACGCGCCCUAGGGUGGAAAUAUGUCUCUACAGUUGCUGUCGAAGGAGAAUACGGAGAAAAGGGGAUAGCAUCUUUUAUUUCCUAUUCAGUGGAGGCUGGGAUCUGCAUAGCUGUUACUGAGAAAAUAUUACGAAAUUCGAAAACGGAAGACUUCGAUCGAAUAAUAGAUAGACUACUUUUAAAGCCGCACGCCCGAGCCGUGAUUCUAUUUGUCGAUGAAGAUAACACAAGAAAGCUUCUUCAGGCCACUAUCCGAUCUAAUUCUACCGGGCAUUUCCUGUGGAUUGGCAGUGACUCAUGGGGUGCAAAAGUUCAUCCAGUUCGGGACCAAGAAUGGGCAGCCGAAGGAGCUAUUACCAUUCUUCCCCAUAGAAACGCAAUUAAAGAAUUUGACAGCUAUUAUCUAUCGCUUCGUCCGAAAAUGGACAAUGACAUUUGCAACAACAGUUCGGGAAAUAUUUAUAAUGAAACGACGGGAACGGUAAUUAACUGCCGCAAUAGUUGGUUUCGUGAAUUCUGGAGUCAACAUAACAAAUGCAGCUUCGAAGCCGAUGCUACAAACAAAUGCACCGGCGAAGAAGUUCUAACUGAUUACGAGCAGGAAGGGCUGGUGCCGUUUGUGGUCGAUGCAGUAUACGCAGCAGCUCAUGCAACUCAUCAGAUAAUCUUAAACGAGUGUGGUGAUAAUCCAUUUCAUCUAUGUGAGAAACUGCAGCCCGCUCCGUUGGGUCCCCAGCUACUUAAAUACCUUCGACAGAUCAAUUUCAUCGGUCGCCAAAGGACAGAGGUCAAAUUUAAUGCCGAUGGAGACGCUUACGGAAGCUAUAACAUAUACCAGUAUCAAAGACACGAAGAUGGAAAAUAUGAUUACGUACCCAUCGGGUCCUGGAAGGAAAGAUUGGAAUUGGAUCUUACAAAAAUGUUCUGGAAUGGUUCGGACUCGAUUCCAAAAUCGAUUUGUAGUAGUCCAUGCCCAUCUGGUCACAUACGAAACUUUCAGGAUCAAUGUUGUUGGGUGUGUGUGGCAUGUCGAGAAGAAGCGUACGUUUUUAACGAUACUUGUAAAAAUUGUAAGCCCGGUUACGGUCCGAACGUAAAUAAAACCGAUUGUGUAAAACUAAAAGGUCUCGAACUCGACUGGAUGAAUCCGUGGGCUUUGGUGCCGUUGGUGUUCAGCACUGUUGGCAUUCUUUGUACUCUAUUCACAAUAGCCGUAUUUAUCCGAUAUAACCGCACACCAGUUAUAAUGGCAUCGGGAAGAGAACUGUGCUACGUCCUUUUAAGUGGAGUACUCUGCUGUUACUCAAUGUCCUUUGUAAUCCUUGCUCGUCCGACUGUAACCACUUGCGCUGUGAUGCGCAUAGGUCUAGGACUGUGCUUGAGCAUAUGCUACAGUGCCAUUUUCACGAAAACAAAUCGAAUUUCCAGAAUUUUCAACCGCGGAGUUAAAAGCAUCAAGAGACCUGUUUACACAUCCCCAUUAUCUCAAGUGGCAAUAGCACUAGGAAUUGUAUCGAUCCAGCUGGUUGGAGCAAUAGCGUGGUUAAUCAUUGAACGUCCCGACAUACGCGAAAUCUACCCAUAUCCUUUGACAGCCGUUCUAACAUGCCGCGUUUCAACAUUCUCCCUAAUCAUGUCCCUGGUUUACAACAUGAUUCUGAUAAUUCUAUGCACUUGGUACGCGUUCAAGACAAGGAAGAUCCCGGAAAACUUUAACGAGGCUAAAUAUAUUGGUUUCACCAUGUAUUCGACUUGUAUUGUUUGGCUCGCUUUCCUACCCAUUUACUUUGGUACAAACAACGACUACAAGGUCCAAAUCGUAAGCAUGUGCAUGUGUUUGAAUAUAAGUGCUACAGUCGCCCUGGGAUGUCUCUUCACACCUAAAGUCUAUUUGGUCAUCUUCCAGCCAUACAAAAACGUCAGACCAGGAAAUGGACCCCACUUGGGUGCGGCAAUUAACGCGAACGAUCCAAAUCGGCCAGUUUAUAGCAUGAGAUUCUCAGCACCAAGAUCUCAAACGUUGCAAUCUAUGACUAGUAAUUCUCGUUCAUCCCCCAAAACUGGCCGUCAUGCUAACGGCGAUCCGACUACUCAAACAAGUCCUAGCAUUGAACAAAGUUCUGUCGGUUAAGUUAACAAUUAAUGAAAUUGUGUAAAUUAUGCUAGAAUGAUAUUAAUAUUUUUUUGUGCGAUCGUAUGCUUUCGUACGUCGUACUCAAUUCUAUAAUGAGUACCUACCACGACACUCAAGUGCAAAUAUUUUAUAUGUACUUAUUAUAACUUUGUAAAUUUGUUCCAAGAAACCCUUUACAAAAUAAUUUACCUUACAAUUUUUUUUUAUUCAAAAAUAAACAUUUAGUUUACUUUAUAACAAUAAAAUAUUUGUACUUGAGUGUAAAUGCGUACAACAAAAGGGUAGCAAGUAUUAUUGAUUGUUUAAUCUAAUGCAUAUUAGCCAGCUUAUUUAAAAUGUAAGGGUAAAGUAUAUGUUGACCAGUUAACAUGAUAUACUUAAGCCCGUCCGCAUUUUUGGCUUAGUUCAACAAAAUCAUAAAAAAAUAUUACUUAUGUAGUCUAUUGAAAAAAAAAUAUUAGUUUUUUUUCCAAAAUAAAAGUUAGAUGCUAAUAAAUUUUUCAAAUUAUGAUUCGUAUAAUCUACCACCUUACUAAAUUUUUCAAAAUUUGCAACGUACUAACUAUAUACUGUUUAAUAACGUAGUUUAAAUAUUAAACAAAUGAGGCUUUUACAUACUCAAAUUCCAUAUUUUUAAUGAUAAAGUACGUAAACUACUAAAAUUCAUUAAAUCUAUUACAAACGAUUGCAUGCCUAUGUUUCGUCCCGCAAAAGCAACUUCAGAUCAAAGAAAUAAGUUUUAAACUACCUAAUAUCAACAGUCUGCAGUUUUUAUAUAAUGUUGUGUGGGUGGGGUGGUUAAAUCAAUCUACGUUGUUUUUGUAUUUGUGUCUGUUAGUAUCUAGUGCUUGGACUAGAUUUAAUUUAUAACUUUUUUGUGCUGAUAGGUGGUUUUUUAAGUUGUUACCCCUUUUGUGUUCAUUGAUUCUUAUUUCAAAGUUUCGUCCUGUAUGUCCUACAAGUAUCUACUAUUGCAGUUUUCAAAAAUUAUAAAUAUUAGCAACGGAAAUGGGGAAUAUCUUACUUUCAACACGAAAACGGUGAUAUACAAUAAACAGUAACUAAAAGCUCGUAAUUGGUCGCUAAAGCUACUUUUUAGCAGUUCUCAGUGAAAAUGUGUAAAGGCUUUCAACCAAAUAUUGCAAAAUGUUUAAAAAUAUUACGAAGUAAUUAAUUAUUUCUGUGUAUUAUUUGAUGGUUUCUUCUAAGAUAGUAUUGUUUCACUUAAGAAAAGUUACUGUAGUGAGAAAAACACGUUCUAAUUUUCUAUGUAGUUAUUAUUAAAGUUUUAAUAUUUGCUGCUUAUUGAGUUGCCUACAUACUAUGUUUAACUGCAAAAUGAAAAAAAAACUAAUUAGCAUCCCUAAUUACGUCUACAUGGAAAGAAUAUAAGUUAAAAAUGUAUAUUGAUCAAUUUUAUUCAAUGAAAUAGGAUAGGCAAAGUGAAACUUCGCAAUAAGAGUCAAAGAACACAAAAACUAACCACCUAUAUGUUAGAAGAAUAAGAGCAACAACAUUAUUGUAACAGAAGUGUAGACUGUAAUCUAUAAGAAGUAGGUAAUUUAAAACUUACUUUUUAAUCUAAACGUGCUUUUGUGGGAUGAAAUAGCGACAAACCUAGUUACUUAUACCAAAAAUAUAACAUUGACAAGGCUGUUAAUGACACGACUUAUACAAAUGAAAGGAAAACUAUAAACGUUAUUUAUAAUAGAUAUUAUAUUUUUAUUGGUUUCUCUUAACAGAUGACGAGAGUUUCUUUUCUGUCUGUAUAGUGUUAUUUGUUGUUAUCGAAAAGUUCUCGUUUAUAUAGACGAUAACCACCUGUUGAUUACAUACCUUUUAUUGAGUUACUCAGCUAGGAAUAAGUGUAAUGCAGUUUCCUCUCUUUCAAAUAAUAACUUGCCAAUAAACAUCAAUCGAAUAAAAUUGAGGCAGGUGUUUCAUAAAACUGUACCAAGGCAAUUCGUCUCUACCGCUAUACCUAUAAGACUCAAUUAAAUUCCUUUUAUUUUUUCGAAAGUCAAUUAACAUAUUUUAGAAGAAAGAAAAUCUUUGAAUACUCUACUUCCUAUAGUAAGUAAUAGAUAAUAAAUUAGAUAAUUAAUAUUUUAACAAAUAUAGGAAAUCAAAUUUUUGUAGAUGUACUUCUCAUGACUUUAUUAGUCAAAUAAAAGAAAUUGACUAUGUUAUACACAUAAAAAUAUGACGAUAUUCCAUAAAAUGUUUGACGGUAAUGAGUGAUAAUAUUUUCUAUUUCGUUUUUAUAUGAGAUUAAAGAAAGUGUGAUAUCUAGAAAUGUAUAAAAUAGGUUUUGUGAUGAAAGUAAUAAUUAUGUACUUUUAUAAAACACAAAUCAUGCUAUUAAAAAUGAUAAUAAUAAAAAAUAUUUCUCACGUUUAUACGAAAAUGCUCAUAAGUUUAAUAAUUUAUGAUCUGCGAUUUCAUUUCUGAUUUUAAGAUUCAAUUGUUUUAUUAAAAAUAUUCUUCGCUUAAAUUUUUUCGCUCAAAUUAUGCUCAAUUUAAACUACUUUAUGUACAGUUAUAAUAUAUCAAAAUUGAAAAACAGAAAACAGGAAAACGUUUAUUGGUCUCUACAAUAUUGUUUCAACCCUCUUGGGUCAUUCUAACAAGAAAUUCUGUGACUUGAAAUAUGGAAAGGUUUUCAACAAAAUAUUGCAAGAUAUUACUAAGUAAUUAAUUAUUUCUAUGUUAUAUUUGAUGGUUUGUUCUAGUAUAGUAUUGUUUCACUUAUAACUUCUCUUAAGUGAGAAAAAACUUUUUAUAAUUUUCGUUGUAGUUAUUUUUAGUUUUAAUAUUUGCUGCAUAUUGGGUUGCCUACAUAUUAUAUUACGAACUGUCGUUUAAUUGUAAAAUUAAACAAAAAAACAAAUUAACGUCCGUAAUUGGGUCUACAUAGAAAGAAUUUAAGUUAAAGAUGAUGAUUGGUCAAUUUUCUUCAAUGAAACCUGAAAUACAAGCUCAAUUAUAGCUUUUAUUUAAAAUUGUCCCGGCGCCUCCACCAAAAUUUUUAAUAAAAUAUUUUUAUAAUUAUUAAUACCGUCUCUUUAUGGUCAUAAACGUCUUAUAUUCGGCAUUGAAAAACUACAGUUUACUAAAUUAACUAUCCAAAACGUGAAAAAAAAAAUGGAUCUGUUACAUCCAAUAGAAUUUCUUUCUUGAAAAUGACCUGAAAGUGUUGAAACAAUAAUAACAACA